CGAAGUCAAACAUGUGGAGGUCAUAGGUCAAGCUUGAGUAUCAGAUUUCUGCUAGGAACUGAACGUGUGAUGUGGCACCGCUCGUGCAAGUUGCUGCCAUAACCGGGAAAGGUCUUGCGGGGUAUUUAAAGUUGUGUUUUGGACAAAAUUAACAUUUCAAUUCAUUGGAAAUCUCAAAUACCACAAUGAACCGUGGGAAUGGACAGACUGUCUUCACAUUAUCAAUGUUCGGCUUGGUUUUGUUUUGGUUUGGGGCCACAGUGGUUUCCUGCACAGACCUUCAGUUACAAGUGAUCACAGUAGCGACAAAGACAAACGAUGGUCUCAGGAGAUACAUGCAGUCUGCACAGAAGUAUGGAUACGAUGUCAAGGUCCUGGGAUUCGGUCAAGAGUGGGAAGGUGGAAAUAUGGAGCUAGGAGUUGGUGGAGGUCAAAAGAUUAACAUGAUGAAGGAAGGACUGCAGGAGUUCGCGGGUCGCGAUGACCUUCUGCUCAUGUUUACAGAUAGUUAUGACGUCGUGUUUACCAACACUGCAGAGGAGUUACUGAAAAAGUUCAAGAAAUUUGAUGCCCGAGUCCUGUUUUCGGCGGAGGGAUACUGCUGGCCAAAUCAAGAGUUAGCCGAUCUUUACCCAGAAGUCAAGCAACAGGAAAGUCGAUUCCUCUGUUCCGGAGGAUUCAUUGGGUACGCCAAAGACAUCGUCGAAAUCAUCAACCACAAGGCGAUACGUAACAAGGAGGAUGACCAGCUGUAUUACACGGAAAUCUUCCUGGACAAAACCCUGCGGGAAAAAUGGAGCAUCAAAUUGGACACUAAAUCAGAAAUAUUUCAAAAUCUUCACGGCGUUUUAGGUGGGAAAGGCAUGCAAAAGAAAGGGGAUGUUGACCUGAAGUUUGUGGGCUCUAGGAGUUACCUGUACAACAGUAAGACUGGCACCACCCCUAUUGUUAUACAUGGGAACGGCCCAAUCAAGCCGGAGUUUAACCGGAUCGCUAACUACCUUGGUGAUGGGUGGACCCAGAGUAUGGGGUGUCAGUCGUGUGGUCGAGAUUAUAUCAGUCUGAGAGAUGUCAAGGAUGAAGAUUUCCCUACCGUGCUGGUAGCCGUGAUGAUAGAACAGCCCACACCGUUCCUUAAUGAAUUUCUGGGACAUAUUCGAGACCAGAUCUACCCUAAACAAAAGAUUGACCUUUUUGUUCACAAUAAGGUGAAGUACCAUGAUGAGGCUGUUUCAAACUUCCUGGAGACAGUAAAAGAUGAGUACCAUUCCAUCAACCACCUGCGGGCAGACGACCAUGUGACAGAGGUGCAGGCUCGAAACUGGGCACUAGAGGAAUGUGCGAAGAGAAAGUGUCAAUACUUCUUCAACGUGGACUCCACUUCCCAGCUCCGACACCAAGGGGGACUACACAUCCUCAUCGAAACCAACAGGACGGUGCUGGCACCCGUGCUGACGCGGCCAUACCAGCUCUGGUCCAACUGGUGGGGCGCCCUCAACAAAAACGGAUUCUACGCUCGUUCUGAUGAUUAUAUGGACAUUGUACAGAAUCAUAGAAUGGGUUUAUGGAAUGUACCUUUUAUCACUGGGACCUAUCUUAUCCAUGGAUCACUCGUCCCAUCCUUGCUCGGGGCCUACACCAGCAGUGACCUUGACCCAGACAUGGCUUUCUGCAAGGUCAUCCGUGAGAUGGGAACCUUUAUGUUUGUAUCAAACAUGUUUAUGUAUGGACACCAGACGGACCCUGACAAUUUUGAGACCACACACAAGAACAACGACCUCUUUGAACUUUUCAACAACCCCUGGGACUGGGAACUGAAGUACAUCCAUCAGAACUACUCCAUAAGUCUUGACCCUAACUACACGCUUCCCAUGCCGUGCCCUGAUGUGUUCUGGUUCCCAAUUGUCACCGACGCCUUUUGUGAUGAACUUAUCUCGGAGAUGGAGAAUCAUGGUCAGUGGUCUGGUGGCCGCAACAGUCACAAGGAUGAGAGGCUGGCUACUGGUUAUGAGAAUGUACCGACGGUCGACAUCCAUAUGAAUCAGAUUGGAUUUGAGAGACAUUGGUUACACUUCCUCAAGAUCUACAUAUCAAAGUUACAACAACGUGCCUACGAGGGUUAUUUCCACGAUCCUCCACAUGCCAUCAUGAACUUUGUGGUACGUUACCGUCCAGACGAGCAGCCGUUCCUGAAACCUCACCACGAUUCAUCCACCUUCACAAUUAACAUAGCUCUCAACACACCAGAUGUAGACUUCGAGGGAGGAGGCUGCAGAUUUAUACGUUACAACUGCAGCGUCCAAUCAACAAAGAAAGGCUGGAUGUUAAUGCACCCGGGGCGUCUGACUCAUUACCACGAAGGACUUCAUACGACUAAGGGCACACGUUACAUCAUGGUCUCUUUCGUAGACCCAUAAUAAACAAUGUUACAUUUUGGUCACAUUCAUGAACCCAUAAACUAUGUUCAUGAACCAAUAAACAAUGCUAUAUUAUGGUCCUCAUUCAUGGACCAAUAAACAAUCCUGAAUCUUGGUCUCAUUUAUAGAUUUAUAAACUAUGCCAUUGUCCAGUAUUUGUUUAUCAUAAUUUUAAGAUUUAUAAUCAGAUGAAAAUUCAAGUUUCACUUUCCCUUACGUUUUUUUCUUGUAAACCAUAUAAAUUGUUAGCCAUGUACUAUAGAGGUUACUUAGUACAUGAAUAAGAUUGUCGGUGUGUUGACCAUGUCUAUACAGAAAUAUACUUGGUACAUAUAUCUUCUCUGCUAUAUAUAAGAUUACAUUGGACCAAUGCACUGUAGACAAAGAGUGUUCUUUAAAACAAAAUGUGUGAUAAAAUUCAAAGUUUGUUGCAAAAAUUAACAUAAUCAAAUGAUUUACAAGUCGAAAUUCUAGUGAAUUUCAAAAUGAAAAACUGAAUGGUUACUAUUGAUAUAUUUGUAUAUUUACCACAAUAUGUAUCCUACAAUAAGCCUGGAUAUACUGCCAUAGCCAUAUCAUCUGUGACUAAGGCCAUAUCAUCUGUGACUAAGGCCAUUACUACUGAACUAUGAUAAAUAAAGGUGGCCUUAUUACCAGGUAUGGGCUUAUUGAUAGAUCAAUUAAUAAAAUUAAUACUUUAUACUGUGAUCAAGCUAUGUUUACCUAAGUACAUGUAAUACCUUAUGUCUUUGAUAAUGACUCGUGUGGUAGAAAGAAAAUCUUUGUUUCCUUAGGUACAUGUGUAUUGUAUGUCUUGGUGUUUAGAAUCCCCAUACCACUACUAAAAACCCUAACUAUGCAUUUAAAACUUAUUUUUCUGGCAUUUCCUUGCAGGAUUUAAAUAGAAAAAUACUAGAAAAGGAUUAAAGAAAAAAAAUUAACAUUAUUUGUUUGAGUGUAAAUUAUUCAGCAUGGCUAGACCAGGAUUUGAACCCUAGGCCUCAAAUUGCUAUUCAAUCUCUCUUACUCUCUGAGCUACGUGGCUAUAGGAAGUGUCCCAGACCAACUAUGCUAGUUAUUCAAAAUGAAAUUAAGGGGAGUUUACUCUAUAUACAAAAAAAAAAAAUACUGUGCAGUGGGACAGGGAUCCUUAAGGGGUAAAAAAAAAAAAAAAAAAAAAUGUAUGGAAUUCAUGGCCAUCAUGUUUCAAUAAUUGCAUGAGAAAAAUGAUAAUUAAUGUUUGAUGUCUACUUUGUCAUAAUUUUUUGGAUUUGUUUAUGAUAUUUAAAUUUAUUUAAGAAUAAUGAUUUUUGUGAAAUCUCUUUCCUGUUGUUUGUUAAGUUGAUUGGAGAUAUCUAAAUGGUAUCAGAUAUAUAACUGUGUUAUGUAGUCUGAUAUAAAAUAAUCUGUAAUCUAGCUUCUUCAUAAUUAGAAGAUGAUAUGUGCUAAUAUAUCAUCUAAUAAUUAUGAAGUCACAACUACCUCCAGUAUUUCUUAUACUGAAAUAAAAUAAUGGGUUUCACAGUUAGCUAGAUGUUUUGAAACUUACCACAUCUUUACAAAAAGAUCUUUACUGGGAAAUUAUUGUGCAGUGUAAUUUUUGCCUUUUUGCCCUCCGUAAUGAGGUUGAGUUUAUCAUUACAGGAAAAGUUUGUAAACAACAUAAUAUACAUAGUAAUUAAAUGUGAAGGGCAAGUUUAAUAUUAGGUAACAGAUUUUAACGUUGAAGGGCAAAAAUUUGACUUGGCAAAAUUUUCCAGUGUACAGUACUUUGUAUGAUAGAUUUCUCACCUUUUAAUUCUAUUGAUCUUAUAUAUCUGCCGUCCAUAACUAUCUACCUGUUGUAUUGCAAUGAAAAUCAAAUCAUAUUUCCUAAUCUGCCCACCGUAUUGUUUCUAAAGGUGACCCUUUAGCUGUCAUGAUUGACCUUGCUUUAAUGUAGGUGACCUUGCAUUUUGUGUAGGUGACCUUGCUGCUAGGUGACCUUGCUUUCUGUGUAGGUGACCUUGUUACUGUAAAUGUAUAAUUGUUUGUUUCGUACAUGAAUUUGCAUGCAAUGCUUCACAUACAAAUAAUUAUCUUAUGCAAUUUAAGCAAUCAAUACAAUUUUUACAGGGUGACCUUUUUAAUAAGCUUGCUCUCUUUGUGUGGAUGGACAACUUUGAAGACAAUUUACAGUCACACGCUGAAAGUAUUUUCCCACACUUUUUGGUUCAUACAUUUCUACAUUAGUUUACCAGAUAAGCCACUGAAACAAAAUUUUACCUCCUUUUGCAAUGUUGCCUUAUUUUUCUGUUUAAUGGAUCGCAAAUUACCAUAAUCUCAGAAAUACAAUUUUUCCCGGUAAGAUGAAAAAGAAGAUGCUGCAAAAGCCUUCUUUUUUUGUUUUAAAUAACUCUUGAAACUAAUUACAGACUUUCACAAAAACGAUAAUUUUGUGAGAUGAAGGUAUAGAAAACUCAGUUGUAAAUUUUUCGUUUUAGUGUCACCGUCAAUUACUUUUAAAAAAAUAGUAAAAAAAAAUGAGAAAAAUACAUAAUUGCUUACCAAGGUUAGGAAAUACUUUUAGACCAUGACUGUAUGUUUUGGUGAAGUUUGAGUCCUGAACUGAUGUGUCAACUGGAUUGUGCACACCUUAACUGUAUUAGGAGUAGCUUUCUAUAGAAUUAUUUAAAACAUUUUUUUUUUUCAUUUUCAUCAAUAAUUGUAUCUGAUUUGUGUAUGAUUUUCAUAGCAUGCAUUAUCAAUAGUCAAUCUUUUUUUUUUAAGUAUCACAAGAUAUUAUUAAGGAAGUAUGUAAAUUUAAAUGCAUCACCUGAAUGUUGAUCUGCACUUCACUAAAUAUGCAUUCAGUUGAAAAUUAAUGUUAAGAUGUGCAAUAGCAAUCAAAAUAAUAAUAAUAAUAAUUUAAAUCCAAAGAUUUGACAAUCUGUACAUCAGGUACCUAUAUUAAACAGCAUGGAACGGUUGAUUUUCAAAAGCAGGGAAGACCGGUCAUCUCAUCGGUUUCUUGGUAAUUUAUCAUAGAUUACCUAGGGAAUCGCUUCAUCUAAUAUCUUUCUAUAGUUUUUAUAUGAAAUAUUUGUAGAACACCUGCAUUCUUGAGUUGUAUAUAACUAUGCACAUUAUAUAAUUAUGUCACAGCUUAUCACCAAUAUAUAUUCGUUCGUUUUUCACUUUAACUUGAUAACAAUGAUAUAAUGCUGUUAUGUGUGUUUACGCAGAAUUGUACAAAAUUUUGACUGCUGAUAUUAUAACUUACUGCCUUUUGAAAGAUUUCAACUCAAUAAUUAUUGUUUCGAUUGUAUGACGUACCCCGUACUUAAGUUUGUCAAGACUUUGAAGACUGGACUUCUUGCAAAACUUGUUCUUGUUAUAUAAGACUUUAAAGAGUUACGCAUAAUGAGAUGUAAAGUCAUGUUUGGAUUUUACCUGUGAUGAUUAAGUGAUAUUCUACAGGUGGAAGGCUUCUUAACCAUGGAAAAAUAAUUCUUGAUUAUUUCUAUCUUUCAUUAAUUGCAUAAAACUUAAAAAUGCCACGAAACCUGUAUUCUCGACACCCUGGUAUUUCAGAAUAUUUAUUGUAUUCCUAGAUUGUUUAUUCGUUAUUUUAUAUGCAUCUUAUGUUACUAUUUCAUAUUUUUGUGGAAAAUUUCUUGCCAAAAUUAAAUUGCCAGUACAAUUUGUUCAUACCUGUAUAAAUUCUCCAUUGAGAGGAGGCUAUUUCAGUAUUUAUAGAAGUUAUGUAUAGAAUUAAUAUUUGUGAAUUAAUACAAAAAUUAAACUUGAUUUGAAAUUCAAAAUAAACUGAUUGAUGUAGGCGAUUCAAUUAAGCAUUUUUUUAAUAGCUUCUCUCAUCAAGUAUUGGUUGUUGGAUAAAAUGGUAGAAGUUGAAUUUUAUCUGAAGAAGAAAUUGCAAUGUAUCUAUAUAUGAUUAUAAGGUUGGUGCGAUAUUUUUAAUUUUUGAUGAAUUCUGUCCAUUACCCAAGAGUAGGAAACUUUAUAUAGAAGAACGUCGGUGAGAUUUUCCCUGGUGGUGAAUCUUGUUCUUAAACAGUAAUCAUUUAUAGAUUUAGUAUACAUGCUUGAAACCAGUUUAGCUCAAGAUCAGUAUAUUUAAAUAAACAGUACAUGUAGUGAAUAUACAGCAUUUAUGCAGCUUUUUACUGCCUUUAUAAUAAUUGUAUUAUUCUGUCAUUUGAAAUAUAAAUGUCAUUGCUGAUUGAAUGAUGUAUUUGUUCAAAAAUAUUUUCGCAUCUGCUGCUUUUUGUCAUCAUUUUGAUUUUUUUUGUGAGAGAGAGUUCUUGUGAGAUAAAUUAUUAGAUAUUAAGACCAAAAUUCUAAUUUUUUUUUAAGAAAGUAUUGAGGGAUUGGUGGACAGUUCUUGAAUAGAUCAAUGAACAGUUAUCUGGUGAAGACUUAAAGAUAUUUAUCAAAUUUUUAAGUCAGUAAUUAAUCUCUUGCAAAGUCUUUCAAUUUUGUGCUGUUCAAGUUUCUAUCAAAUUUUUAAGUCUGUAAUUAAUCUCUAGCUAAGUCUUUCAAUUUUGUGCUGUUCAAGUUUCUACCUUUCAACUGAGUUGCAAGUAAAUAUCCUUUUCCUGUCGAGGCAAUAAAAUCCAGAAUUUUUUUUAUCGUUGCAAAAUCAAUAUGAGAAUCUGGAGGAAAAAUUCAGUAUCUUGCAUUGUCACAAGGUUUGGAAGGUGCCAGUUGUUCUGGGACCAAUUGACAAAUUAUUUAACCAUUCUAGUCACAACAUUGUUAAUUGUUCACUGAAUCUCAAUCUAACCCCAAUUGUUCAUUGAUCUUCGAGAAUGUUCACAGAGAUUGGUGCCAUGUUCACUGAUGUUACAAGCUUAACUUUUGUCGUAUUUUUGCAAAAUAAAGUUAUUUCAUUAAAAA